AUGGCUUUCUUCUUUGUAUAUAUUCUUCAUGGUUUAUAUUCUGGAAAUUCCUUUUCUGUGCUUGUUGUUCUUCGAUGUGUUCUUCAACUAGAAGUGUGUAGGGAUUUAAAGGUUGCUCUGGGGCAACUUUACCCUGGUACGAUUAGAGUAGUGCUCGCCUUUUCGGAGGCAUGUAGGCUCCGGGGCUGUGCCCCUUCUCUCAAAGUGUUAUAUCAUUUUGUAGACUUUAGGAAGUGUGAUGGCUGCUUCGUUUUCGCCCUUGGUAGAGAAGGGCGAUCUCGUAUUUAUCUUCCUUGCCUAACCAGUCGCUGGCGAAGGCGUUUCUUUAUUGUCUAUCAUAAAUUUGCUUUUCUUCAUUUUUCGGAUGGUUUUUCUUCUCAUCCAGUUCGGAGCUGUUCUUCUCCUUUAAGUUUAUCCGAGUCAAAACUUGCUUUCGACAUAUCUUCCUGUAGUGUUGAAUCGCGUCCUAUUUUAGAUGUCUUGGUCAAUAGUCAUCUUCGGCGUCGAUGGCUUCCUUUGGAGGAUCCUCCUCGAGGCUUGGCGGAUCUUUGCUACUCUUUUGUUCAAGAUUUGGACGUUCCGAUGGGUGGUCCUGACGUUCCUAUUGCCAACAUUAUUCCUGGCGACAUUGACGUGGAUGGGGCUCCUGUUGAUAUUCCCAUAGCUCCUGCCGAGAUAGCGUUGCCUGAGAUUAUUAUUGUUGAUGAUGAUGAGUCGGCUGAUCCAGUAGGCGACGAGGCGGUUCCGUCACUACUUCCCCCUCUAGCAUCAUCUAUCGUCUCGGGGGGAGUUGGGGGUGUGGCCUCAGAGGGGCCUGUUGUUGCUGAUUCGGGAGAGAUUUCUCUAGGUCGAGACCCGGAUUCUCCGUCUAGAAAAAGACGUCGAGUUGGCGAUGAUUCUCCAACGAGGGAGAGUUUUCCUGGAAGCUCUUCUUCUGCUCCAGACUUGGUUCAAUGGGUCAAAGGUCAGGAUCCUGCCAGCUCUCAGGAUACUCGUAGUGGUUUUAGCUGGGAUGUUUGUGAGAUAUCUAUUGAGGAACUCCGUUGA